GCCUCGUUCACACUGUAUGGCUUUGCCGUCAGUUUCCAUGCUGCGCUGGGAGACCCUGCUCUCCGACAUCACCAUGGAAGAGAUGAGGGAGGACGAUUUCUCCUUGGAGCAUGAACCCCUUCGUGAGAGCUCUCCAUCUAAUUAGCCUCAGGACUGUGUCAGCUUGGGCCCGACAGAAUGGCUCCCGCAAAGAAGGGUGGCGAGAAGAAGGGCCGUUCUGCCAUCAACGAGGUGGUGACCCGAGAAUACACCAUCAACAUUCACAAGCGCAUCCAUGGCGUGGGCUUUAAGAAGCAUGCUCCUAGGGCACUCAAAGAAAUCUGGAAAUUUGCCAUGAAGGAGAUGGGGACUCCAGAUGUGCAGAUUGAUACCAGGCUCAAUAAAGCCGUCUGGGCCAAAGGAAUAAGGAAUGUCCCAUAUCGUAUCCGGGUACGUUUAUCCAGAAAACGUAAUGAGGAUGAGGACUCACCAAACAAACUCUACACAUUGGUAACUUACGUGCCUGUUACCACAUUCAAAAAUCUACAGACAGUCAAUGUGGAUGAGAACUAACCUACUGAAUCUCAAAUAAAGUUGGAGAACAGC